GCCGGGGCGGCGCGACGCAAGAUGGCGGUGCAGAUCUCCAAGAAGCGCAAGUUUGUUGCUGAUGGUAUCUUCAAAGCUGAGCUAAAUGAGUUUCUGACUCGGGAGUUGGCUGAAGAUGGAUACUCUGGAGUAGAGGUCCGAGUUACUCCAACCAGGACUGAAAUUAUCAUCCUUGCUACCAGAACGCAAAACGUUCUUGGUGAGAAGGGGCGCCGAAUCCGUGAGCUGACUGCAGUUGUACAGAAGAGGUUUGGCUUUCCUGAAGGAAGCGUUGAGCUCUAUGCUGAGAAGGUGGCCACAAGAGGUCUGUGUGCUAUUGCCCAAGCAGAGUCCCUGCGUUACAAACUUCUGGGAGGUUUAGCAGUGCGUCGAGCCUGCUAUGGUGUCCUCCGCUUCAUCAUGGAGAGUGGUGCUAAGGGUUGUGAGGUGGUGGUGUCCGGUAAACUCAGAGGCCAGCGAGCCAAGUCUAUGAAGUUUGUGGAUGGCCUGAUGAUCCACAGUGGAGACCCUGUAAACUACUAUGUCGAUACAGCUGUGCGCCACGUCCUCCUCAGGCAGGGUGUGCUGGGUAUUAAAGUAAAGAUUAUGUUGCCUUGGGACCCAAGUGGGAAGAUUGGACCCAAGAAACCCCUGCCAGACCAUGUCAGCAUUGUGGAGCCCAAAGAAGAGAUCUUACCCACCACACCUAUCUCAGAGCAGAAAGGUGGCAAACCAGAACAGCCAGCCAUGCCUCAGCCAGUUCCUACUGCAUAAUGGGACCCUUGAAUCAGAGUCCUUGACGGAUGACUUCAGAGUUAUUCGUCCGAGAAGGGUUAUAGCAAAAGAGGCCUCCAAACUUAGUGCUCAGACGCUAAAGGUGAAACUCCAGCAAAGGUGAAAACUGAGUUAUGCUUCUAAGGAAUCCUUACCCAAAGUUUCCCAUGAUAUUACGGUAGUGGUGCUCUACCCUGACUCUUUUCUGCCCGCUGGUAUAUUUGGGAUAAUUUGCCUUGUAAUAUGAACCCAACUCUCUCUGUCAGAACUUCCUGAAAGCACCUGUAUCAUUCACAACCUAUACUAUGCCACAGGCUGUAAAAUUUGCCACCAUCUUUUCUCCU